AUUCAUCAUUCGUGCAAAAUGGUAACGUUGUGAUCGCCGUUUUGCGAAAGAAGCGGGAUCGAGCGGGAUUUCUCUGCGAGUGUUUAUUUCCAAGAAACAUACGUGCGUCGAGCACACGUAUCGACCGGUUGGUUUCACGAUCACCAAUUCCGGCGACCCUCUCGUGUUUGCCACCUCGUAAUCGGCCCUCGUCUAACUGCGGUACCAUGUCGGAUGAAAAGAAGGAAACGAAAGCGGAAUCGGAGCACAUAAACCUGAAGGUGCUGGGGCAGGACAAUGCGGUAGUUCAGUUUAAAAUUAAGAAACACACACCUCUUCGUAAAUUGAUGAACGCGUACUGCGACCGUGUAGGUUUGGCAAUAGCAGCAGUAAGAUUUAGAUUCGAUGGACAGCCCAUAAACGAACUAGAUACACCUACGACGCUAGAAAUGGAAGAGGGGGAUACAAUAGAGGUAUAUCAACAACAAACAGGUGGUUCGUGUUGAGACACAAUAUGUCGCGUUUACAAAUGGACUAAAUGAAAUUUACUGUUCCAACAGUGUUUAUUUUUGACAGAAAAUAUGAUUUAUUUUUGGUUUAUGUUUAUUCCGCUCUGCAAGAUUGGGGACUUUAUCAUAUCCCAUAAUAUGCAGAUUCAUUCAUAUGUUGUAAUUUAAUUAUCUUGUCUUUAUUUCUUGAUAUUUGUUGAAUAUACUUGCUUGUUAUUUAAAAUAACAGUAGCCUGAUAUAUUCUUUAUCUAAAGACGCACAUUAUGCAUUUAUUUGAAGUCUUCAAUUGUCAACCAUAUUUACUGCAAGUUUUUAUUGACAUGAUAUAUUUUCAAGUACAAUUGUCUACAAUUUAUUGUUAAAAAUAUGAACUUAUGUUAUUGUAGGGAGAAAGAAUCGUACAUUAUUUAAAGAAUACAGUCAUUGUCAUUGUAA